GGGUUUCAGAGACAGUAACGGCAUCAUUCAUUAUGCUGGGAACUACUGCUGGCAGAAGAGGCUUCUCAGAACUAAAAAGGACAACAGGUAGUCCGCAGAAUCACACUCAUGUAGAAGGGCAUUAUAAGGUGAUGGGAUAGCCAGAUUGUAAAAUGCAGAGAGACAGGAGAGUAUUUCUAGUAGAAAUGCUUCUGUUCCUUUUUCUACCUGAUGCUGCUGCUCAGUCCUGUGGUGAAAUUACUGUUAAGUCGCCCAUUAUCCAUCUGGGGUCCUCUCUCUCAGCCACCUGCACCAUAUAUCGCAAGCAAUGCAAGAUCUUAGAGGAAGAUGUCCAAAUGUUCUGGAAACUUGAUGACAAGAUUAUACCAACUUCACAUUACAGCACUGCCAAUGGGAACACAUCAACUGUGUAUUUCAGCAGCUUUAACCAGUCCUCGGCAUUCCUCUACUGCUAUAUCAUGAGAGUGGGAGAUAAGACACCGAAUAUUGUGGACAGAGUACAGAUCAAAGCUGGCUAUCCACCAGCUAAACCGUCCAACCUCAGCUGUGUACUGAACUUUACAGAUGAAAGCCUGAUCUGCAGUUGGGUGCCCGGGAGAGACCCCCUCAUCGAUACCAAUGUCACUCUUUCAUUAUUCAGGUCCAAAGAUCAGUGUAAGACCAAAAUAGAAAUGAAGCAUGUUUGCAUACCUGUCAAGGGUCAGAGUUCCUGCAUUAUUUACCGUGAACAAUACUCUCAGAGCCAGAAAAUUGCAUUGUGGGUCACUAUGAAAAAUUAUUUGGGAAUCGUGACUUCAGCCCCUCUCUGUCUACUCCCAAUUGAUUCAGCAAAGUUAGAUCCACCUAUCAUUGAGAAGGUGGUGCCUAUCCCUUCCCGUAGCAGUUGUGUAAGCAUCAGGUGGAGAAGGGCCAAGGCAGGAAUUUGGGUAGACCAAUGGUAUCAGCUGCGCUAUAAAAGAGAAGGGGAGACCAAAUGGUCAGAGCCAAAGGAUGUGGUCAACGGCUCAAUGCAGUCAGUUCAGUGUGGCCUCUUGCCUGCCUCAAAGUAUCAUUUCCAGAUCCGCUGUAUCAAGAGCCGUCUUAGGGGAUACUGGAGUGAGUGGGGAGCAGAGAGCAGUUUUAUAACUUCUGAAUCAGCUGUGAAAGAAAAGCUGGAUAUUUGGUGGAAGACACUACGAGCUACAGAUGGACAGCAAGAACAGAUACAGCUGUUGUGGAAGGCAGCACAAACAGAGGCAAUGAAAAGACAAAACGCCUACACCAGCCAAAUCUGGUAUAUUGUAAAGAUUGUUGAAUUUCAAGGUGAUGAUAUUGUAGUGUGCAAUACAACAUCUCUUAGCUGCAGCUUUCCCUUGCCCUUAGGGGUGAGAGGGGCUUCUGUUUGGGCUCACAACAAGGCUGGACAAUCCCCUGAAACAAAGGUUUUCUUCUUUGACAAAAAUGGUCCUUCAGCUUCCUGGAUCCAGACCUCUCCUCACAGUAAUCACAGCCUUCAUGUGGAGUGGGAUCAGCAAGGCUUAGCAAAGGGCUAUGUUCUGGAGUGGUGUCAAUAUUCUCUUUGUCCUAAUGGUGAUGUGAACUGGAAAACAGAGCCAGCUGCUAGUAGAACAUCUAUCCUGCACGACAAUAUUGAACCCUUCCAGAUGUACAAUGUCAGCUUGUACCCUUUGUAUGAUAAAGUAGUGGGUUCCCCUGUGCAGACUUCUGCAUAUUCCAGACAGGGAGCUCCGGCUUUCUCUCCAAACCUAACAGCAACAGAUAUUAGGACGUCACAGGCAGAACUGUCCUGGAAGCCAAUCCCAUUGGAGAGCCGUCAUGGCUUUAUCACAAGCUACACUCUCUUCUGGAUUGAUGAAAGCGAGAAAGUAAAAUUUGCAGUACUGAAUGGUUCAACGACAACAUUGGUGAUCACAAACCUUCGUCCUUCCACCUUGUAUAAAUUUUUCCUAAUGAGCUCUACAGCUGGCGGCAGUGUAAAUGGAACAAUCAUGAUGCUGCAUACUCGACCCUCAGAUGAGAUUGAAUCCCAUGUUCUGGCUGCAGUUUUCAGUAUAUCCACUGUUCUGUUUAUCUUCUCCGCAUUCACUUACUGCUUACUGAAACACAUGAGAAUGAAAAAACGCUUCUGGCCCAUUGUUCCAGAUCCAGCCAACAGCAGCUUAGGAAGUUGGUCCCCCAUGCUACAAGAGCACAUCAAGAUACCCAUUACCACCAGCCAUGAUUUUAAUCACUUGAUCACUAGUGAUCUGACAAUUUUGGAGGGCUGGACAGAGAAGAAGAAACAGUCUGAUGGAAAUCUACAAACUCUUACCUCAAACUUCAAAGAAGGAUUUUUCCAAGCAUACAGUGGAACAUCACCAAGUUUAGGUCAAGACAGUACUUCACUGAGGUCCUACAUCAAUGUUAUAGAUUCUGUCCAGUAUGCCCAGGUGAUCACAGGUGGAUAUCGCCAGCAAAGCCCUCCAGCUUCCCUAUAUGUGAGAUCGGACUCUACACAGCCCCUUCUCAGUGACAUGUCUCCCAGUCCCCAAAAAUAUGAGAACAUGUGGUUUCUUGGCAAAAACCAAGACAAUGUUUUCUUAGAGGAGAAUAAAAACAAAGUAGAUUUUCCUCUCCUUCAGGGCCUGAGGAUCAAUGUGGAAGGAGAAGUAUUCAGUUUCUAAGGUUUGGGGUCUUAGGUCAGGAGUGGCAAACCUUUUUGAGAGUGUGUGCCUAAAUAUGUGAUAAUCCUUUUACAAAGAAAUCUCUGAAGUGCCCUUUGUAUUGGGGGAAUAAGUAAUCAUUACAUUUUUCUUAUAAAUCCAUAACAUACAGUAUAUCACCAGUUAAAGCUUAAAGGGAUACUGAAUCCUUUUUAUUUUCUUUCAUGAUUCAGCUAGAGCAAGCAAUUUUAAGCAACUUUCUCCUAUUAUCAAUUUUUCUUUGUUUUCUUAGUAUCUUUAUUUGAAAAAGCACGAAUGUAAGCUUAUGAGCCGGCCCGUUUUUAGUUCGGCACUCUGGAUAGCACUGGCUGACUAUAUAGUAGUAAAUUAGAAAGUUGCUUAAAAUUGCAUGCUCUACCUGAAUCAUGAAAGAAAAAAUUUGGGUUCAGUAUCACUUUAAUUACUGUUAUAUAGCAUGAAUUAAUAUGAAAAAUAAAUUGUUAGCGCUACAAACUCAGCAGAAGAAAACAAGCAUUAUAGUUGUAGCACAAAGGCAGAGUGCCAGCAAAUUAGUUUUGUGUGCAACUAUGGGAACUCAUGCCAUAAGUUUUUUACCCCAGGCCUGAGUUAUUCACACCAUUUAAUUUCACUAAAACCAGUCAUGAAAUAAACUAGUGCAUAUGCUUUUAAUACAAACAACCUCAUUAAGGGUAUAGUAAAAGUAUGCUCAUAAAAGGAAAUAAAAAUAAUAGCAUUAAUAAACCAAAUAUACACAAUGCAUACAUACACUUUAUUACAUUACCCUCUGAUAAAUAAAAACAUAAUAAUAAGUUUAUACACCACAAUUCUGGUAUCACUGCUCCAAUGCUCUUAUAUAUAGUAUAGGUUUUGGGUAUCCUAUGUUAAAUUACACCUAAACAAGUGGCAUUAUUCUGGUGGUGUCACAACAUUUAUGUUUUAUUUUAAAUGUAAAAAUAGUAUAGAAUGCAGAGGCUGGGGGAAUGUUCCUGACCAAUAUAGGGGAAUUUUUACUAUGCAGUUCAAGGGGGUCCCAACUUUUUCACAUAAGGGGCCAUACUAGAUUAUUUUUUUUUCAAUUUGAGUGAAAGUAAGAACAUUUUAGAGCUAACAUUUGAAGCAUAAAUAUAUACUGUAGUUAUAUAUAAGCAACGCUUUAGGCCAAUAUACAAUAUGUCAUUAUUUGUAACUUUCUCUAUUGCCAGUAUCUGCUGGUAAUGUAGUACAGUGAUGUAUGUGUUGCAGAACAAAUCCAGGCACUCAUGCAGGAUUUGCUGAUUAAAAGGACAGUAGAGUCAAAAUUAAACGUUCAUGGUUCAGAUUGAGCAUUUCAUUUUAAGCAGCUUUCCAAUGUAUUUAUUUUAUCACAUUUGGUUCGCUCUCUUGGGGGUAGAUUUAUUAAAUGUUGGGCGGAUAUUAUCCGCUGUAGCGGAUCAUGUCCGCACGACAUCGCUAAAUGCAGACAGCUUACGCUGUCGGCAUUUUUUAUAGUACAAGCAUUUCUUGUACAUUGUGAAAUGCUUGUGCAAUGCCGCCGCCUGCACAUUUGCGUCCAAUCGGCUGCUAGCAGGGGGUAUCAAUCAUCCCAUUCGUAAACCUAAGUAGACACAGAAGCAUCAAUGCUCCGAACUAGCUGAACAAAUAAGGUAAGUUAAUGACAAGAGGCAUAUAGAUGUGCAGCCACCAAUCAGCAGCAAGCUUACAGUAGUGUACUGCUGCCCCUGUGUAUACCUAGGUAUGCUUUAUAAUAAAAGAAAAUAAAGUGCAUUUGAUUAUAGCAGUAAAUUGGAAAGUUGUUUAAAAUGACAUGCUUUGUCAAAAUCAUAUAAGUUUAGUUUUGACUUAACAGUCACUUUAAUUAUGAUUUUUGCUAUUUUAAGACCAAAGUAUUGAAAAAAGUACUCCCAUGUCCAGACACACACAGUAUUAAGUUUUAAGAUCUGGAGGGCCAGCACAUGGUGUGAAGUCCUAUUCAAAUCAAGGGUAAAGGAAAAAUCUGUGUGAAAUCUGUUUAAAAUACUAGUACAGAAAAUUUUGUAACAUAUAUAGAUUUUUGCUGGAUAUGUUAUUGUUUUUUUGCCUAGGGUUGAUGUUUGAAAACGAUGUGGAUUUGUCUGAGCCUCACAAAUCCGCACCUAAUCACGGUACAAAAUCUCUCUCUCUGUUUGCUGGAGAACUCUGUUGUAGGCAAUGGGGUAAAAUGAGCCAAGACAGCUGUACACACAGAAAAGGAUAUACUCGUGUUUUAUAGUCUCAAUUUUUUAUCACAAUACCCUGCAACAACAUUUACAAAUAAAUACAGAUAAAAAUGUUACCAAAAAAAUAAAUUAAAAAUGAAUAAAAGUGAAAUUACAAACUUAAAGUGACAUUAAACAUAAAGCAUUUAUAUGCAGAAACAGAAUCAUGAAAAAUAAAGUCACCAUAGCACAUAGAAAGCAUUUAAAACAAGUGUUCUCAAGCAUUUCAUCAUCUUCAUCUUAUUAUAUAAAAAAAGAGCUACUUACUUUCUUUGGGGGUUUGGUGGCUUUAUUUUAAUUAUUCUAUUUUCCCAAAGAAAUUCUUACCUUUUAAUGUCCCUUUAAUGAUUCGUCACAUACAGUAUAUAAGCUUUUCUAUGUUUUUUAUGUACAGUGUUGUUAUUUUUAUGGUGUACAAUAUACGUCCAUACAUGUGA